AUGGUAACUAAUGAAACUUUGGUGACCUUUGAAAAAAACCUCAUUAGCAAAUUCGAGUGCCCCGUUUGCUUCAAAUACAUGAAUCCUCCGAUAAGACUAUGUCUCUCUGGACAUAGCUACUGCACUCACUGUUUUGAAAAGCUUAAGAACUGUGCUUUAUGUAGAGCCAACAAGAGCCCUUACCGAUGCAUCGUAUUGGAGCAAAUACAUGCCUCUCUUACAUUUCCCUGCAAAUAUCUUGAUCAGGGAUGCGGUUUUAGUGGAAAAGGUGAUUCAAUGACAAUUCAUCAAGAAUAUUGUGAAUUUUCUUCAGUUUUAUGCCCAUUGAGAUUUAACAGCUGCGAAUGGACAGGACUGCGAUCUGAGAUGAUAGACCACUGCACAACUCAUCAUCCGGAAAACAUAUUUUUCCAAAACGAACAAAAACUAAAAGUCGCUAAUUUCAACCGACCUGUAGGCAGACACUACUACAUUCUAGUAUACAUACACGACACUCUUUUCCGUUGCUCUUGGGACUUGAAUGAAGAAAGCGGCUUAAUGAGGUUUGCAGUGUACUCUUUAGGAAAACCAUCUUUCGACAAGUCCUUUUGUUUUAAAAUUGGAAUGUUUUUAAAAAAUACAAACAAAGAAGCCGUUUCUAUGAUUGGACCCUGUUACCUACUCAAGAAUGAUAACAGUAGAUUCAUCGGGAAAAAGUAUUUGUCGACAAAUUUUGAUAUGAUUAAAGACCUUUGUGACACUAACGGUGAUUUUAACUAUUCGAUAGGAAUUAUCGAUCGAAAUCUUGUUCUACCACAAAUUAUUGAAAUUGAAAGUCCAUAG